AUGGUCUUUCUCGCAGCUUGUAUACGGGCGCUCCCAUCAGCUAAUGCAUUCCUCGUUCGACCCAAUACACGGGCCCCGAUAGGAGCAUGGAGUAACAGUCGAUGUUUUGCAAGCGUCACAGGAAAUGUUUACACUGCCGAUGCCAAAGACGACUCGCCCACCGUGCGUUUGUUUACGAAAGAAGGUUGCACGUUAUGUGACAAAGUGAAGGAUGUUUUGAUCCAAGUUCGAGAAGAGUUUCCUCAUAAUCUGGACCAGAUAGACAUUACAGACUCAGAGCACAAAGAGUGGUUUGACAAAUACAAAUACGACAUUCCAGUUCUUCACAUGGAAACCAAGUUUUGGAUCAAGCACCGCAUGACCCUCGAGGAAGCCAGGGAAGGAAUCCAAGAAGCUAUGAAUGGCGCGUUUGGAGAAAGAAAAGGGGAUCCAAAUGCAGCGGCAUAUGAGCGGAACUAG